AUGUCGGCAUCACCAAAGGCAAUUUUCUAUCGACAUCCCUUGUUCCUGAAGUUUUUGAGAGGUGUUAGCAAGGAAGGUCGAAUUCAAUAUAAUGCAAUUAUUCGUGGCGAGAAUCUUACGUACGCUCAAGAACAGGAGAAAAUCGCAGCGUGGGCGAAAAAGUACAAUCGUACGGAGCAAGUGAAGAAGUUCAAGGCUGAAGAAGACAAAAAAAUGGAAGCGCUCAAGCAAAAGAUCACAGCAGUGUUCAAAUCUAUACCGUCCACUUUUCAAGAGUACGUGAAAAACAUAGAAAGCGAAAAGAAA